UGAGGACAGGGUGCAGAGCCUGCAGGCAGGCUGUGUUAGCUAGAGGGCGCUGACACCGCUGCAGAGCGGCUGGAAAUCAAAGCAGAAGAAGAGCUCGGAAUAACAGCAGCUAUCAUGUUAUUGCUCAUCAUGUCGGUGUAGAAGGAGAACUAAACCCAGAACAACCAUCCUGAUCCGAGACGGAGUGUGCACGAUGGCGGGAGAGGAGGAGAGGGGGGUGGUCCGGGUCAAAGUCAAGAAAUGUGAUCAGGUGCUUCCUGUGGAAUUCCGCUCCUUUGCUGUAGAUCCUCAGAUUACAUCACUGGAGGUCCUUCAGCACAUUCUGAUCAGAGCCUUUGAUUUGAGCGGGAAGCAGAACUUUGGGAUCAGUUACCUGUCCCGGGACUGGAGCGGGGCUGAAAUGUAUCUGUCUCUGCUGUCUGAUGGGGACCUGGAUGCUGCGUUCGUCAGUUCAGCCAAACCAGUUCUGCAGCUCAAGAUGGACAUCAAGCCUUCAGAAGAAAGUCCAGUGAUGGAGGACUGGGACAUCAUCAGCCCCAAAGACGUGAUAGGCUCAGAGCAGCUCCUCCCAGAGAGAACCCGCACACUGGCGUCUGCAGCCCUCCCCCUCACCCAAUCUCUGCUGACCCAGGUGGGCCGCACCCUGUCGAAGGUACAGCAGGCGUUCAGCUGGGCGUACGGGGAGGAGAUCAAGCCUUUCAAGCCCCCCCUGAGCGACACAGAGUUUCACAGUUACCUGAACGGGCAGGGCCAGCUGAGCCGCCCCGAGGAGCUGCGGCUGCGCAUCUACCACGGGGGGGUGGAGCCUUCCCUGCGCAAGGUGGUCUGGCGGUACCUGCUGAACGUCUACCCUGACGGGCUGGGCGGACAGGAGAGGAUGGACUACAUGAAGAGGAAGACGAGGGAGUACGACCAGCUGAAGAGGGAGUGGACCGCGCGGGUCAGCUACGAGGACCUGGAGUUCAUCCGAGGGAACGUUCUGAAGGACGUGCUGAGGACGGACCGGGCUCACCCCUACUAUGCCGGCUCAGAGGACAGCCCCCAUCUCACCGCCCUCACCGACCUGCUCACCACCUUCGCCAUCACACAUCCACAG